AUGUUGCUCGGUGGUGCAAGCAGUGCAUUAAAUGUUAGCGAGCUAAAGUCUCAUGGCAUACUAGCCACUUGCCCGAGCACUUUGUUGCCCAGGAUGGCUGCUCCUUUGCGGGACACUUCGGCGAAGUCGGUGGCAAGAGCGUUCUUCGAAACGUGGGUGUCGCGCUACGGGGCUCCCAUGGUCAUUAUUAUGGACCAAGGAGCCCAGUUCGAGUCGCGAUUGUUCUCAGCCCUGCUGUCGCUAAUCGGGUGUGUGGGAGAUCCUGGUCCGGCGAUCAGGACUUACUCACGUAAGCACUACCCCUCUACUUCUAUCUCCACUCCUACACCUCUUCCUCUACCUAUACCUCUACCUCUAAGUCUACUUGUCUGCCUCUACCUCGAUAUCUCUUCCGUUACCUCUACCUCUAACACUACCACUACCUCUACCACUACCUUUACCCCUCUGCCUCUACCUCUACCACUACCUUUACCCCUCUGCCUCUACCUCUACCUCUACCUCUGCCUCUACAUCAACCUCUACCUCAACCCCACUACCUCUACAUCUACACCUAUACCUCUACUCUACUCCACUACCUAUACCUCUACCCCUGUACCUCCACCUCUACCUCUGCCGUUCUACCUAUACCUCCAGGCCACUGGCUCUACCUCUACCCCUUUACUCCUCUACCUCAACCUCUACCCCUCUACCUCCGCCACUCUAUCUCUCCCUCUACUCCUCUACCUCAACCUAUACCCCUCUAUCUAUACCUCUACAACUCUACCUCUACCUUUACCUCAACCCCCACCUAUUUAUACCUAUAUCACUACCGUUCAACAUCUACCUCUACCACUACCUCUAUCCCUCUGCCCUUCUACCUUUAUCUCUAUCCGUCUACCUUUAUCUCUACCCCACUGCCUCUACCUCAGCCCCUCUACCUCUACGUCUACUCUUCUACCUCUAUCUCUACGACUACCUCUAUCUCCCCCUUUACUUCUACCUCUACACCUCUGCCACUACCUCUACCUCUACCCCUCCACAUCCACCACUACCCCUCUUCCUCUACCUCUACCAUCCUACCUCUACCAUCCUACCUCUACCAUCCUACCUCUACCAUCCUACCUCUACCAUCCUACCUCUACCAUCCUACCUCUACCAUCCUACCUCUACCAUCCUACCUCUACCAUCCUACCUCUACCAUCCUACCUCUACCAUCCUACCUCUACCAUCCUACCUCUACCAUCCUACCUCUACCAUCCUACCUCUACCAUCCUACCUCUACCAUCCUACCUCUACCAUCCUACCUCUACCAUCCUACCUCUACCAUCCUACCUCUACCAUCCUACCUCUACCAUCCUACCUCUACCAUCCUACCUCUACCAUCCUACCUCUACCAUCCUACCUCUACCAUCCUACCUCUACCAUCCUACCUCUACCAUCCUACCUCUACCAUCCUACCUCUACCAUCCUACCUCUACCAUCCUACCUCUACCUCUACCUCUACCUCUAGCCAUCUACCUAUAG